GAGGUAGACCACGUGAGGGAGACAUCACUGAAUUAUCGCUGUUGCUGUUGUUGUUGUUAUGGGUGAUUUGUUUACCCCGCCCACCUGUCUGUCCUAUAAUAACUGCUCUGAGCCGGCAGCAGCGGCACAGCAGCAGCCUCCUCCGCCUCACAUGGAGCUCAGCGGAUCGACACAGCUGUUUCACUGAAAAUGGAUGCCAACAUUGUUGUCAUGGGGACAGAAAGCGUCGGGAAAUCAGCACUGACCGUGCGCCUGUUGACUCGGAGAUUCAUCGGCGAGUAUGGAGAUAUUGAAUCCAUCUACAGUCACAGUUUUAUGGUAGAUGGGAGGGAAAUCUCUCUCAAUAUUUGGGAUUCACCUUAUUCUGAGGAUUUGUCUGUGGAGCCGUCACUCGUUGAAAAGAAGGUCCAGUGGGCAGACGGCUACGUUCUCGUCUACAGCAUCUGUGACAGGGCCAGUUUCAACACCGUCAGCAGGCUCAUUCAGACGAUCAAGUCCACUAAAGACUACCUGAACGCAGACAAAGCGCCCAUAGUUAUUGUGGGCAACAAGAGGGACCUGCACCACAGGCGGACAGUGCUGAGUGAGGAGGGCUGGUUGCUAGCUCUCAAAACAGACUGCUACUUCUACGAGGUGUCGGCGGCCGAGAACUACCACAGCGUGCUCAUGGUGUUUCAUGGGCUGGUGGACAGGAUGAAGGACGCCAAGCUGACCAUUAAGAGGCCUCUGGGGUUCAAGGGCAUAGUGAAAAGCAUGUCUGCAGUGUUCACCAGGAGACGGACAGACUCAUUUUAGUAAAGACUGUGACAGAAGAGGAGUUUUCUAUGAUAUCUGCAUAAGAGAGGUUACACAUUAUGUGUAUUUGACUGGAUGGAUAUCACAGUCUGUGAGUGAAAUAUUAACAGAUGUGUCACAUGUUACUGUGCCAAAGGUAACAAUAACGCUUCCUGAGGUGGAGACACCGCAGAGAUGGGAGCUGCUUUUCACUAAAAAAGUGUGGAAAGACAGAGAUGAAAAAAGGCAUUAAGCUUCAGAAAACAUGGAGACAAAACAAUGUCACAGAGGUUACAGAUGUUUUUUGGUGACAGGUUUUGAAGUUAGCCGCACUUCUAGCCACAAAAGACUGAUGCAAUUAGUCUAAUUCAUUAUGCAGAUACUUGUUAUGCAGUAAUAUACUAUUGUGUGCAACAAGGUAUGCAAUAUGUUUAAGCUAUAUAUACCAGCUGUGGCUUCAGAUUGGAGGAAAUUCUAUGCACAAUUUAAAUGUACCUUUACUUAUGAUGAUGACCAAAGAUAACGUCUUAAAGCUCUUUAAUUCACAAGUGGAACUUUUGUAUUGCUGGAAAAAGUGUCCUGUUCAAUCCUGUAAUUCAUUCUUGAAAGUAAAACAUACAUAUUUGUAUUUAUUCAAGUCUAAACACUGAAAAAGUGUUUUCUUUAUUUAUGAGCCUCUCCCAUGUUUAAUUCAUUGAUUAUGGGUCAUGUACUGAAAUGUCUAAACCUUGUUUUAUGGCUUAUAAGGAUUUAAAUAAAGCAUAAAAUGUGCACAAA